CAGCUCUCCUCCACCGGGCCUCAUGUCUUGGAACCGCGGGCACGGACUGCCGCUUCUCCCGGGAUACACCUUCCUGGAUGUAACGAAGUCAGCCUUCCAUCGUCCCCAGACACUGACGUAUAGCAGAGGCUAUGCUCUGGCCCCUCGUCCCACCGUUGGGAUCGGACAGGAUCCUCUUUUAUCUGAACAGCUGAUCCAGCAGCAGAUCAGUGAGUUGUCUUUUGAGGCACCGGACGUUACUUAUGGCUCCUCCGACCAGGGCAUAGUCGAAGACUUCAUCCCAGCCCACGUGGCCCUUGACAAAAAGGUGCUGCGCUACUAUGCAUACUUCCAGGAAAACAUCCUGUUCUCCCCGGAAGAGGAGCUGCGCGUGCGUCCCGUGGUCAUCCACUACUACCUCGAGGAUAACAGCGUGUGCAUCCUGGAGCCCGUAGUGGAGAAUUCUGCAUUACCUCAGGGGAAACGGGUCAAACGGCAGCGGCUGCCCAAGAAUGAACGUGGAGAGCACUACCAUUGGAAAGACCUCAACAUCGGCAUGGACUUGGAGGUGUACGGGGUCACGUACCACGUCACACAGUGCGACGCUUUCACCAAGGAAUUCCUGGAAAGCGAGGGCAUUGCUCUGAACGAGCCUGAACCGAUGCCUGUGGAUCCGUACAGCGAGCGGAGGAAAAACCCGCGGCCUUCCUUCACCACUGCCUCGGGAUCCGACAAAAUGCACCAGUUUCUGACGAUGGAUCGCAAGGUGCUGCGUUUCUUUGCCCUGUGGGACGACACCGACGGUCCGAACGGGGAGACCAGGCCCGUCACCAUCCAGUAUCACCUGGUGGACGACACGGUGGAGAUCAAUGAGGUCUACGAACGCAACUGCGGCCGAUUUCCCUUCCCUGCCUUGAUGCGCAGGCUGAAGUUGCCCAAGAAAACCGAAGCGUCUGGGACCUUCCCCAGCUGCGUGCUGGAGGUUUCAACCGCCGAGGUGGAGGAGUACUACUCCCCCAGGGACUUCCGGGUGGGACAGUCGAUAACGCUGCUGGGCCGCCGCUUCCUGCUUCGCGACUGUGAUGGUUUCACUAAAGAGUAUUACCGAAAGAAUCACCCGGACCUCGAAAUGAAACCCUUCGAGGUACCAAAGAAAAACGACCCGCUUCAGCAGAGGAGGAAGGAGGCUCCACCCUACAAUGGCUUUGGCUCACCUGAAGACUCACUUCAGAACUGUUUUUCGUUAAUUCCUGCACCUCCCAAAAAGAACGUUUUAAAAAUGCUGGAAAACGAACACAAGGUUUUGUGCUACAGGGCCAGGCUGGACUCCCAGAACCCCGGAGACGAGAAUCGCCGUUUCAUACUGUCCUACUUCCUGUCCGAUGACACGCUAAGUAUUUUUGAAAAGCCCACUCGCGGGAUCAUUGGAGGAAAAUUCCUGAAGAAAAAGCGCAUUCCCAAGCCAGGCUCCACGGUAGACGACCCGGACUUCUACUCACCUGCAGACUUUGCAAUUGGAGCCACUGUGGAGGUUUUCAGCCACCGCUUCGUGUUGACCGAAGCCGACCACAAUGUGCUGAAGUACCUGGAGUCCAAUGCGAGUCGGAUCCCUCUUCAGACCCUCGAUUCCUUGCGCCAGAAGCUGGGGACGGCAAAGAGCCAGCCAGCUGACCCGAAGGGCGGCGACCACGUGGCAGCAGAGCCGUCGUUGUGAUGUCACGGAAGGUUGGAUUGCUUUGACAGACCUCUCCCCCAAUAAUUCAGACCACGGGAUCCAAGGAAAGCCCUGUCAGAUUGUUGGUUUCCGAACAUAAUAAAAGUGUUUCCCGGUAAACAGACAGAAUGGCCCUUUUCUUACCCUCUUCAUCCUCAGUGUGCCGUUGCAUCCGGGCGAGCAGAUUGAAAGCGAAACAACAGCUGCAGAAAAUGUCAUUUGUUUGACGGAAUCUGAAGCGCCUGGAAAGUCAUCGAUUGUGUGCCGAUGCCCUUCUUCUAUGCGGCACAUCCCAAGUGGUCUGCAAGCUCGUAAAAUGGUAAAUAGACAAAGUCAGGGAAAGGUUAUUUAUCGGCGCCCACGUACGAUGUUCCAUCCAUAUGAAACCAGCAGAGGACUCAACACGUCAUACAUUAGCAACUAACUUAAAAGGAAAAUGUAGAAAAAUGAUUUAACUCACAAUAUUUCUGAAAAUUGCAUCAUUUAAUAUAGUAAUUAAGAAAAAAAAUGGAAUGGUGUUUGUGAAAUCCAACAUACAUGCUUAAUCAUUGAGCAACCUGUGAUGGAUUUAGCAUUUUAAACGGACAUUAUUCACUGGGAGUUGCCCAUGUGGCCACUCUAUUAAUUGUCCAAAAUGCCUUUUCCCGACAUGGUGAACGCAUAAUGUUAAGUCCAGCAUACAGUAAGCUUUUAUCAUACAAUAUCACGUGUUUCUGCUCCAAUGGUCCAGACAAAAAAAAAAAAGCAAAGCCAA